CUCCCUCUCUCGCAGUCAUCCUCGAUACCGCCGCGCUGCCGCUACUGCUGAGCCUGCGACGUUACAGCGGAGAUGAGAAAAAGAGAAUAAUCUCCCUUCUCUUUUUUUUUUCCCCCCCAGCUUCAGCCAAAUGGACGCACAGUUUGGAGAGGAAACAAGCAAAGUCUCUGCCUGUGAUCGAAGCACCAUUCGUCAGAAGUGAGUCUUGGGACGAUUUUUGUUUUUUUUGUGGAAAAUCAUUUGCUCACUCCGGCGCGGACACGCAGCACUGCAGCUGAGUGAGGGGGGCGGAGCUGACCACGCCGACUGACGAGAGAGAGGUAGACGAAAAAGUGCUGAGUUCCUGAGCAUGAAGACAAACUGUGACUCCCCUCAGCGCAGCCUAAACAGAGAUGGCAUAACCCGGGUGACCUGCUGAUCAACCAUGAUAGCCCAAAAGCUGUGACUGGCAUUAGAAGUCCCCCCCCCACCCCUCCCCGCACCCCCCCUCUUCUAUACCCGACACGGACCCUCCUCCUCUGCUGCUCCUUUCUUUUCUCCGACAAAUCCGCCCCUCUUUUUUUGCGCCUGCCCUUGCAUUUCUCCACUUGAUUACACUUCACGUCCCCGCUUUGAUCACCAUCAUGCAGCGUUUUUCCACCGCCUCGGGUUUGGUUGUUAUUCUCUCCUCCCUCCUAAUUGCCACCCGCUUUCCCGGCGUGGUCAACGGGGACUGCUGGCUCAUUGAAGGGGACAAGGGUUAUGUGUGGCUGGCUAUCUGUAGUCAGAACCAGCCGCCGUAUGAGACGAUUCCGCAGCACAUCAACAACACCGUUCAUGACUUGAGACUCAAUGAGAACAAGCUGAAAGCGGUGCACUUAAACUCCAUGUACCGCUUUACCAACCUCACGGAUCUGAACCUCACCAAGAAUGAAAUCAGCUACAUCGAAGACGGGGCCUUUUCGGGACAGGCCAACCUACAGGUUCUUCAACUGGGCUACAACAAGCUGACCAACCUAACGGAGGGGAUGAUGAGGGGUCUCGGCCGCAUGCAGUGUCUUUUCCUCCAGCACAACCUCAUUGAGGUUAUUGCCAGCAAUGCAUUCUGGGAGUGCCCUGGCCUUAGCAGCAUAGAUCUGUCAUCCAACAAACUUGCCCGGAUUGAUCCGUCGACGUUCACCGUCCUCAAUCGCCUCAUGGUUUGUGAACUGGCCGCAAAUCCAUUCCAUUGCGGCUGUGAUCUUUACAGCUUCCUGACCUGGCUGGAAUCCUUCAACAACGUAACGCACACCUACGAUCGCCUCCAGUGUGAGACGCCGCGGGAGAUGUUUGGCUUUCCCUUACUCAGCCCCAUCGCUGCCGGUCACGCCGGUCGAAACGCCAAAAACAUCUUGCACUCUCACUGCAGAGAUGGAGUGAUGAUUCCCGGAAUGACGUCCCUCCCGCCAGACCUGGACGGCCCGUCCGGAAUCGGUCCGGAGAUGUUUGGCGGCGCGGGACCUUACCAUCAGCCCAACGCCUCUACCGCAGAGAACAGUUUCAUUCCCAGCAUCAAGCUCCAUCAGGUGUCCUUGUCCUCGGCUUCUCUCCUCGUACAGAUCCCGAGGCCCUUCAGCAAAAUGUACAUCCUGACGCAGUACAACCACACGUACGUGUCCGACGUUAUGACUCUGAAGAACAAGAAGGAGAUGAUCACCCUCAACAAGCUGAAACCGCACACCAAUUACACCUUCUGCGUGGCGUCCAUCCGGAACUCCCAACGAUAUAACCACACGUGCCUCCAAUUUGCCACGCGUUAUCAAAACGCGAGCAACAUCCUCCCCACGCCGUCAACCACCACGCAUUACAUCAUGACCAUCGUGGGUUGCCUAUUUGGCAUGCUCAUCGUUUUGGGCUUCGUCUACUACUGUUUACGUAAGAAACGCGUGCGCGAUGAGAAAAAGAAGUCGGUAUGCGUGAAGAAAACCAUACUGGAAAUGCGUUACGGGCCCGAGGUGGCGGCGGCAGUCGCCAAAGAUCCGGCGGCGGUGCACAAGCUUCAGGAGCACUCCAGGGAACACCACCAAUAUCACCACCACCACGGGGGCAAGCUUCCCAUGUCCACAUCCUCGAGUUCCGGAAUGCUCCACUCGGCAAACGCCAGCUCCUCAAGACUUUCCUCGAUUCCCCAAGUUGAAAAAAUGUCCGCCGCCUUCUCAGAGGCCAUGACGGGAAAAGGAAAUUACAUGGAUAUCAGAAGCGGAGGGGCGGGGAUGGAGAGGCACGGGGCAGAGAGCGGGCACGGGGGCGUGAGGGGGGAGGAUUUAAGGGACGAUGACGGCACCGAUGUCGGGGAUGACUCCGAUGACGACGGGCACGGCUCCGCGUCCGAGAUCUCGACGAUCGCCAUGGAGGUGGACAAAGUCAACCAGAUUAUAAAUAAUUGCAUCGACGCGCUGAAACUGGACGCGGCGGCCGUCGCGGCUUCCGGCUCCUCUUCCAAUCCCGCGCCGUCCACCAAACCGACACCCCCGCCCCCAAACGGCACCUCCGCUCUUACUCGUGGUUUGAUCACACUUUCUCAAGGGAUGCCCGAAUCAUGCCAAGGGAACAAAAUACCACCUCCGCCCCCUCUGCCGCUCCCGGCGUUGAAUACCCCGCUUUCCGAGCGCCCGGGGAUCAGCGGCGGUGGAUUCGUCAUUUCCCCUCCCUACAGGCCGCCUCCGCCGGCCAAUGCCGUGCGCCCCGUUCAGCGGCAAAUGAGCGCAGAUGCGGCCGUGGUGAUCGUAAAUUCUGUCAAGAAACAGAGCAGCACCGCCUCUUGUGGAUCUGCCGGACGGGAAAGGGAUCGCGGAGGGGCUCGCGUCUAUAGCCUGGAUGUUCCAGAACCCAGGAGUCCGGACGCCUGCAACCAACAACAGCAGUACCAAGAUCGCGCCAGUCCUGUGGGCUGCGGGGAACCCCUGGAAAGACUGCCGUUGGUGGGGAGUAUGAGCUGCGCGGGAGGGGGUGGCGGCGGUUGCGACGGUGGUGGUGUUGGUGCCCAGCAUCAAGAAAACCAAAAUCCACAUCACUACCAUCAUCAACAACAACAGCAGCAGCAGCAGCAGUUGGAGGUGCAGCAAGACUACCACUGCUCAGAGCACCGCCACUCCGUCCCAGCUCUUUACUACGACGGCUCCCAUCAGGGUUCCCCAGCCCAGAGGGUUUCCUUCCUGAAGCCACUGUCCCGCUCCCGCAAAGAUGCGGCGUCCUACUCCCAGCUUUCGCCAGCUCGCCACCAUUCCAGUUACUCUGGCUACUCCUCCAGUCCGGAGUACUCCUCAGAGAGCACGUUGAGGAUCUGGGAGCGCUUUCGGCCCUACCGUAAAGGCCAGCGCGACGAGGCCUGUUACGUCACGGCCGGUAACGCCCUUCGAAAAAAGGUGCAGUUCGCCAAAGGCGAGGACCUCCACGACAUCCUGGAUUACUGGAAGGGCGUGUCGGCGCAGCAGAAGCUGUGACUGGGGGAGCACCAGUUUUAAGCAUCGGGAGGAAAAGAGUUUGUUUACAUCUGGGGCUAUAGUGCCCUUUUCGGGGCUGGCUGAAACUUCUGGAAGGGAAGAAACACAUUGGACGCAGUUAGGCCUUUGAUUUUUUUGGCAUGCUCAAGUGUAUCGAGUAUUGUGCAUCAGCACGAACAGUGCAACUGUGCCUGGGAUACCUGGAAUAAUAACUCACUCCGUUUUUUUUUAACACUUCAUGGUAGCGCCGUUUUUGGAUGAUCCAAACUGCAGAUUUGGUUUCUCUGCACAGGGAGCCAAAGCGAACUGUGCAGUCUCGUAAUAUUUGCGCGGCCACAUUUUGUGAUCUUUUCGACAGUACUUACUCAGUGCCAUGUUAUUAGUCUUUGGGAACCCGCCAGAGGCGAAUAUGAUAUCGUGUUGAUCCGAGGCAACGUUUUGAUGGUGAUCACGUUUGAUGGAAUCAAAUGAUGGCUUACCGCGAGAUAACAGAUCGGGCGGAUGUAUUUACAUGAUAACAGCAGGAUCCACACAAGAAAAAUAACUGCCGGUGUAAAGUGGAACCUCCAUCAAGCGUCACCACAGAUGAAAGCAUUGCCAGAAAUGUUGCGCUUCACCACAACCUUUUUUCCAAUUUAAAAAAAUUGUAUGCUCCAAUAAACGGCGCAAAAAGAUCUUAGAUUUUAGUGCUCAUGAAUGUGAAGGACAUCCGGAAGACAAAGUUAAGUUCGAAACACAUUCCAAAUCCUUUGCAAAAGUGGUAUGACUUCCGUUUCAACGUAUGGCCAACAUUUCCUAUUAGUUGUAGUUAUUUAAUUUCUUUCUCUUUCUAUUUUUUUGGCAGGCACGUUCGCUUGCACCCUAUGGCUUAAGUGUGCGCGCGUGUGUGUUUGUGUGCACGCAUGUGCAUGUGUGUAGUACACAGUGGUCGGUGUAAGCGGGUGUCGGCAUGCUUUGUCAGAUUUUAUCGUCGAUGCCGAAAUGGAUUUGAAUGAAUACUCGUGAUUUCAUGAAAUAUUUGCCAGUAUGACUCCUGGUUAUUUUCCACAAAACACAUCACGACUUGUAAUUAUUCUAACGUAGCCCAGUGCCUCCUGCGACGACACAGCCAUGAUCUUGUUGAUCUACCUAAAGUAUUUUUCUUCCCUUGGCCUUUUCCAUCGCAACGAUCUGAUUGGGAUUUUCCAAGCUGCCUACCUAAACCUGCUGUGAAACUUUUACAUUUAUUUAUUCCCUUACCCUCCAAUGUGAAAACUCAAGUGAUCCUUGCCUCGCGUUUGUAUUGAGGGCUACGCUGAAAAUGAAAGAUGUUGGAGAGGCAUUUCUAAAUUCAGGUCUUUCUAGACAAAUAUAAGAUAUAAAAUAUAUUCGUGGCACUUCCCCGCUUACCACAUGUUGAUUGUAAGUCGAGGUUAGGCGGUACGCUUGGCAUACAUAGCUUUAACCGUGAGCAUACGUGUAAAGCUUUCUGUGUACAGUAUCUCCGUUUGGUUCUUGAUUUGGUCAAAAUUUCUUCUUGAAUGUUUAUAACCACGCCCGCUUUAGCAUUUCACGGCAAAUGUUCACACUUUUGAUCUACGACAGGGGUGUCAAACUCAUUUAUGGCGCGGGCCACAUUUUUAGUUACCGUUUAACUUGGAGGGUCGAUAUGACAGAAACCAUAUGAAGGAGUAAAAAAAUAAUGUUGAUUCGACUCUUGUUUGAGUUAUGACCAUGAGGGUUUUGGUCACAAGAAAAUGCUUGUGGAAAGAAAAAUCUCAACUCUUAUUCAUUACAUAUGAGAAGUUGAUAUUUUGGUAAAAAUUUUAGAAAAGAUCAUGGAAGUUGACAUGUUUGAGCUGCUUUCGCGGGCCACAUAAAAUGAUGUGGCGGGCCAGAUUUGGCCCCCGGGCCUUGAGUUUGAUUUGGAAAAAUUAGUUACUGUGAUUUCACAACAAUGUUUCAUCAAUUGAGAGUUGUUUGACUGCCCCCCAAAAGAAAAACUUUAAAGGAGUAGACUUUGAUUUUAUUUGUGCUGCCAAUCAAACACGUCACAUGUUGCUGAGGUUACUUGAAUGACUUUUCUGUUUGAAUCCAAACGUGAAAUUUGUCCACCGCUAAACUGUGAAAUGUGUUUUCCUGCGCAAUGAUUUCCACAAUCAAAGAAUUGACCGAGCGAUGCAGCUUAUUCAUUCAAAGGCAAUGAAAUUAAUGAAAAUAUUAGCCGUUCGUGUACAAUCACUUUUAAAUGACAAGACUGAAAUUGUUUAUGACUCGUGGUACUGUUUAGGUUAAUCGUAUACCAUCCCCACUGCUCAACUGUGGCAAGCGAGUAAAAACGAGUCACAUUUACUCAAAGGAUAGCCGUAUUUUAUUGAAAGGCAAUUCUAUGGAGGAAGGUCUUCCCAAAGAGGAGAGCAAUGGGAGGAGGUCUUCUCCUCCAUGCAGGCGCACAAAUGGGUAAUAGAAUCUGGAAUUCAGACUUGAUGAUCUCACGCUGACCCUCUUAGAUUUUUUUUUUUUUUUUGAGGAGAGGCAACGAUGCGUUAGAGUGCACAUAUAAGCUCAGUCCGGCCGGCUGACGCUGCUUUAAAUGAAUAAAAAGUAGCCCAGCUUGAAAGCCCGUAAGAAGCUUUUACUGUGCUUUUUUCCCCUUGGAGACAGAUAUUAAUUAGACCUGACGGGAAGUGAUUUCAUCUCCCAUCCGUUUGUUGACUUUUUUUGAACUAUCUAUUAAGGGGGAAUAGUUUAAUGCAUUCCAGUCAAGUGCAAAUCUUUUUUUUUUUUUUUUUGCUGCUGCAUUGCUCUGAAGUUGUAUCUCGAAGUUCAGGCAAAUGGCUUGACUGAUUUCUUGGCCACUUGUCACACUUGACAGAAAAACACUUCCCACGCGUCCCUCCUAAUUUGCCAAGCACUUCGUGGCGGGGAAGAAAACAAAUGGUUGAAUUGAACAGGCUUCUUUAGUAUUCCGGGUGCCAUAUGGACGAGUAAUUUACAGUACGCGAAUGUCAGACAUUAUCAACGCCUCAAAUGUGUUUCUACUGUUCAAUUUACGCCGAUAGUUUUUGGAGCAGAAGAACAAUUAAAUUCCACACGGGCCCGAUUUAAGUAAGAUUGAUCAUGGAACUGCCCAUGCCAAAUGUUUUUUUUUUUCCCGGGAUUUAAAAAGAGACUGCUUUACUCUUUCGUAAAGAUAUCCAUGUACAGUAUUUGUAUUUAGGGUUUGGUUUCCAAAGAAGGACACAAGGACUUAAAGGAGCUGUGAAAUGUGUUAAUUUUACACACACACACACGCACACAAAGAAAAAAAAAUACUUCUGUGGGUGUUUUAUACUCAGCCUGAGCUCUGGAUAUGUUGGUGUGUUUCUUUUUUAAAUUCAUUUUAAAACAUGUAUUUCUGAUCUGCAAUUAUUUGGUUAAAUUUUUAUUUUGGGGUGGGGGUGGGAUUUAAAUGGCGUAAUAUAUAACAGAUUAAGAGCAGAGAAAGCUUGUAAUAGAAUGCUACAUAAAAGAAAGUUGUACAUUUGCAUGAUUCUCUAUACUUUUGGGAGACCAAAAAAAAAAAAAUCUCGAUGUUGUGUACAAUGAGUGAAAGAAAAACAACAAUGGGCUGUACGUAUAAGAUUUUUUUUUCCAGCUUUUUACAUUAAAAAAAAAUAUGUAAUUGUUGAUGUUUCCAUUGCUACUAUGUUUUUAUCUUGCGCAAAAAAAAAAAAAAGUCUGAACCUGACGGUGGUUAAGAAAUGAACCCUCGCAAAGUCAAAUUUGCCACACUUGUUCUUUGGCUGCGGUUGAUUGAAAUUGCAUAUCUUCAAAAGCCGUGUUUCAAAAGAUGAAUACAUGAGCUGAUUCGAAUUUGUCCAUCAAAGAUUUUUUAUUUCUGGAUCAAACACGGAUUGUUCCGAAAGUCGUAAAGGAAUCCUGAACCCGCUUCUGUGUGCACCCACAAAAGUCUCCUUUCCUUCCCAGCAACUCUUAAGUUGAAAGGCCACUUGAUGGAAAUCACCCACAGUAUUAUUUAUUCUUGUUAAUAUUCUUAUUGAACCCAGUCAAAUAUGUUGCCUUCAAUCCAUAUGAAAACAAACUCACAGACUAAUAAAGCAAGAUAUAUAUAUAUUUUUGGGGGAGGGGGGGGCGCAAUGCCCAACAACAAUCGGGAAUUCAUUUGAAGUCAAUUGACUUCUCAUUGUCAAACGUGAACAAAUCCGAGCGAAAAAAAUGUGAUGGUCAAUGUGGUUAGCACGCUCGAUGACAGGGGGUUAGCGACCUUUUUAAAAAGGUGAAGACAGGCGAACGUGAAAGUCAACGCUUGGGACAUAAGUUGUUCAAAUUUUUUGUGGGGGGGGGCAAAUCACCUCAGUGUUGUGCUGCCCUGCUAUCUUGUCGUCAUGAGCGAUAUGCUUGAGUCAUGUACAGAUUCAUAUUUGAACCUCCACCUGCUUGUAUUGUUUAUUCAGCCCAAUGCAAAAUAUGAUUUACAACAAAAUAGCUUCUUUGCCUUUUAGAAUAGCGGCGCGCAAAAACAGACACAACUCAUCGGCGCCAUUUUUAGAACAGGCCCGCAGGCUCUGUUGUCCUUUGGGGCGACCUGUUGCCUGCAGGCACCAUGAGGGCGACCACUGCCGCUUUAUGACAAUAGUUGACAAGACAGGAAACCCUCCCCCAAACGAUUGCUGUAGAAUUUUUUUUCUACCUUUUUUGAUACUUUAUUUUUUUUAAUACCUGUACAGAUGGUGUUAUAAUCCGAGCUUUGCUCUUCCAGUCAUGUCAUCGUUAAAGUGAAGCUUUGCUAUUCUGCCCUUAAUCUCGCCUUUGAGACUCUCAUGUUUUUGUUGUAAAGUACAAAGUGAAUAUUUAUUUAUGCGCAAUGUAUCAAGGCAACAAUUGCAAGUCUGCCUCGGUUGACAUUAACCACGCAGCGUUUUGUGACAAAUUCCAUAGCCUUGACGUAUUCAUGAUUGAAUGGGCGGCUCCUUCAAAUGCCACUGUCAGUUUUAUCCAAUACAAUUGGCCCUUUUUUUCCCCCCGCCCCCCUCUCGUUGUUUGAGACGUGGGACCUGCCACGUGCAGCUACUCAACUUGUCAAUGUGGCCAUUUGGCAUCUGGCAUACAGUUUAGAGACUCGUGUUUUAAUUGGAUGAGAUUGCGCCAUAAUCACGCGAGCCAGACGUUUAUUAGUGCUGUGGGGCCUCAUAUUGGAAGUCAGAAAUGAUAUUUCUUUAACCUCCAGAGAAGUGCAACUUAUUAAAAGGUCCCACUAGACUGAGAACAGACGUCGCUAUUCGACUAUUGGGAUUCUGUUGUGUUAGUUAUGCUUCUUGAUUUCUUCUCACAAUCGGAAUAUCGCCGACGCUCACAAAUAUUUGCAUCGCAGUGCAAAAUGCUCCGUGUUAUGAUCGAGAAAUUUUGACUGAAGGUGAGGCUUGUUUAUCAGAUGGAAUUGGUUGCAACUAUUGACGAGUAAUAGUGAGAGUGACGCGAGUGAAGUAUUCUCAGCAGCCAUGUGAUCCGUCAAGUGGCCCGACUAUUUGUGUAGCGCCGCUUUGGACAAGGCUCCCUCACUGAUCUUUUUUUU